AUGUCCAAGGCAUCGCAACCCGAGCUCAAGAAGUUCAUGGACAAAAAACUGUUCGUCCACCUUCAGGGCGGCCGCAAAGUCAGCGGGACCUUGCGCGGAUACGAUCUGUUCUUGAACCUGGUGAUCGACGACGCGUUGGAGGAGACAAACCCCGCACAAAAGCACCCCAUUGGGACCGUUGUUAUCCGCGGCAACAGUGUCACUGCAAUGGAGACACUCGAGGCCAUCCGGUGA